GCCACAUCGUCUAACCCGGAACCUAGAUGAAAUUUUAUCAUCUUCAAAGCUCCGAAAUUUUAUUUUUCUUCCUGCAUUCCCAGGCUUUUGACACUACCAACUCUGUCAACAAAUUUGGUUGUCGCCCAACAUGGCGGACAUAACCACGACAACUGAUCUGACAGAUGAUCAGAUCGAGCAACUUCUCAUGGAGGCUGAAGUUAGAUUACAAGCGAAAUGUCAAGGACAAGAUAGCAAGGCUAUUUCCGCUCCCCCAAAGUCAGCCGUCGCAAAGAUCUCUAAGCCAGAAGGCUCAUUAUUGAAGCCGGCCACGCUAGCCUCAAAAGACAGUGCUAAGUCAGAAGAGCUGUCGGUAAGAGUACCUGAGCCCAGACGGUCGAAACAAGAAAUGGCCGUCAAAACAGAUGCCGGUCCAUCCUGGUUCAAUCUUCCCCGAACCGAUCUUACUCCCGAACUCAAGAAGGACCUGCAACUACUACGCAUGCGUGAUGUGCUAGAUACGAAGCGAUUCUACCGAAAAGACAGCUCACGGUCCCUGGUUCCUGAGUUCUCUGCGGUCGGGACUAUAGUCGAGGGUCCGACUGAUUUCUUCAACGCUAGAUUAACCAAGAAGGAGAGGAAGCGCACUCUUCUUGAGGAGGUUCUAGAGACCGAGGACGUCACACGCAAAUUCAAGAGCAAGUAUGGCCAGAUCCAAGAAACCAAAGCUAGUGGUAAGAAGGGCCACUACAAGAAGAUGAUGGAGAAGCGAUACGGCAACAAGAGAUGAAGUCUAGUAUCAGUUAUACUAGAUCUGAAUCUUGAUUGUGCGUCGCGAAGUACAACUCACGACUUGGCCGGGAUGUUCCUAAAGCAACCCCUGUACGCUUAGGGGUGGAUGCCGGAAAGCGUAAUAAUCAUUCCCAGCUAAAAUAAAUCACUUCGACUGAAGAUGAUUAUGAUCUUUAGGAUACGUACGGGUAAGUUGUCCACUGUGGUUCCGAGGUCGUCAGAACUACGUGGCUCAUCGAUAUCUUAGACUACUAAGUGUGAGAGGACCAAUGGACUUCUCGGGAGCCUACUGCGUACGACGCAUCUCAGCUCAGUGGAUGGGCGAAAACUAUCCCAAGUUGUGUUGAGGUUCUAGCAUGCUCAAUAGUGUCACUUAAAGUUAGAGUAUCUAGCACGAUGUUGACCCAGCCUGAAAAUAUGGCAAAGAGCUUUGCAUUACAGUAGUCUGGCUAUCUAUUCUAGAUGCCACUUGAUGAAUAAAGUUUUGAAAACUACAU